AUGUCCACUCUAAUGCUCACUAACACCAACGACUUCAUCGAGGGAACAUAUCUCAACUUCCAGCGCCCGCACGCCAUCCCACCGCACCUCAACGUCAUAUCAAGACAAGUUGGAGGGGCCUAUGGGGGGUGGGGGGACGGGAAGGGGACGGUUCAAACACCCUGGCGUGACGGACUACACCAUUCACGCCUUGUUACACUGGGGAUCUAG